CUCAUCAUAGUAUACAAAGUACAUCACAUUAAAAGUGACAUAGCAUAUAUUAUAUAUGGUUUUGGUACUGUUUGAAAGCACGUAUUUAUUUAAAAUUAAUAAUAAUGUGUUUAACUUCAGUUGUGUUAACUGUCGGUUUGACUAUUGUAUUUGCAAAGUCAUGUUAUUCAAAUUUUAAUCAUGCAGAUCCUCACUUUGUUUCUGGACAAGUGCCAUCUAUGACACGAGAAGAUCAAUUUUAUUCUUCUAACAUGCCACUUCCAUCGAUGGCAGGAAAUCAAAAUUUUUAUCCAAUUCCACAACAACCAAUGAUGCCAGGAUUCCAACCUUUUUUUCCGUUUAAUCCCAUUAACCAACAACAAUUAUCCCUAUUAUUGAUGUCAACGUACGCUAGAAUGAUUUCAUUACUUCAACUCAUGAGCAUGCAAAAUAGAUAUCAACCUUAUAAUCAAUACAGUGCUUUAAACAAUUUUGUCCAAUCUCCAGUUCCAUUGCCUUAUGUUCAACCACCUCAAGUAGAAAAACAAAAAAGUUUAGAACAUGAAUUGUUGCAACAACAAAUACAACAAGCAGAAGAACAGCAUAGAGCAAUUUUAGAAGAACAAAGAAUACAACGUGAAUAUGAUAUGGAAAUCCAAAAACACGAAGAACUUAUAAGACAAUUGGAGGAAGAAGAAAAUAAUCAAAAAGAAAUAGAACAUCAAUUACUUAAUGAAAUUGAAGAAGAAAAGAAAAAAAAAGAAGCUGAACAAAAAAUUCUAGAAGAAGAACAAAAAGAAAGAAAAAGAAAAGAAAAUGAUUUUAAAUCACUCAGAGAAGAAGAAUUAAAAUUGCAAAAUAAUGAAGAAAAAAAAAUAAAACAAAUUAAAGGAAUGAAACCAAAAAUUAAAGUACCGCAAAAACCGAAUAGAAAACCACGUAAAUCAAUAAGUUAAAUAAGAUACUAUUUUUAAACUAUAGUCAAAAUACAAUAAGAAUAAUUUAACCAAUUAAAU